GCGAACGGUCAGUCGGUGACUCGCGCUCGUUACAAACGCGAGUGCGUGAUUAUCCGUCUUCUUUUCCCCUUCAUUCUUCCUAAUCCCUUCGUCUCUUUUCCUUUCUAUCUAUCUCUAUUUCUAUCUCUUUCUCUUUCUGAUACGAAUCUUUCCAUCUCUUCUAUUUUUCCCAUUUCAUUUUUUUUCUCUUUCUUUCUCAUCGAAUCAUCGAGAGAAGGGAUGUAGUCGUCACAUUAGUUAUAGGACGACCCUCGGUCGGCCCGUACGGGUCGACCGAUCGCGUCCCUUUCUAUUCUUUUUUCUCUUUUCUUUUCACUAUUCUUUGCCUUUUCUCAUUCUAUUCUUCUCUUUCCUAUGCCAUUAUUAUUUCGUGAAUUAUUUUUUUUUUUUUUUUUUGACAAAAUUACGUGGAAAGAGCAUAUUACGAAGAGAAAGAACGUCGUCAUGUCGAACGAAGUAAUAUCAAGGAGAACGUUUCUUCCAUUGGCGUGACAUGCUAUUUGUUAUUUAUCGCUUUGAUCUCUUGUUAUAAUUAUAAUUACUGUUGUUAUUAUCUCUGUGAUUUUAAUUAUCGUUGCUCUCUAUAUCUUUCUCUCUCCUCUUCUCUUUAUAUACAAAUAUAUAAAUAUAUAUAAAUAUAAAUAAAUAUAUAUAUAUAUAUAAUCUCUCUUUGAGAUUGUUAACACAUAUGAUUGUAACACAAUUAUUACCGUUAAUUAUAUUCUUAUUAUUAAUACCGUCGGUAUUCGUGAUGUAUGCGAAUGUGUGUACGUGCGCGCGCGUCACCCCAUCGACGAGGACGACGCCGCAAGGGCUUAUUUACGGUCAUUGGACCUAGACCGAACGUAAUGACGAUGGAACACGAAGAAAAUGGUAGCCGAGAAGUACGAUAAGCUCGAACCCGAGCUGAAGGAAGAAUUGAAAAGGAUUGCCGAACAGAUCGUUGCUCCUGGAAAAGGAAUUCUCGCUGCUGACGAAUCUACGACCACGAUCGGUAAACGUCUAAAGGACAUCAACGUUGAGAACAACGAGAACAAUCGAAAAGCAUACAGACAAUUACUUUUCACUGCGGCAAAGGACGUCAUUGGACAACAUAUCUCCGGCGUGAUUCUGUUCCACGAGACAUUAUACCAGAAGGCUGACGACGGUACACCAUUCGUCGAGCUUUUGAAACAACGUGGCAUCCUUCCCGGUAUCAAGGUCGACAAGGGUGUUGUACCACUCUUUGGUACCAACGAUGAAUGCACGACUCAGGGACUCGAUGACCUCCAAGAACGUUGCGUCCAAUAUAAAAAGGAUGGCUGCCACUUUGCCAAGUGGAGAUGCGUUCUCAAGAUCAAAAAGGAUACGCCAAGCAAGCUCGCCAUCUUAGAAAAUGCGAAUGUUCUCGCUCGUUAUGCUUCGAUCUGUCAGAGCGCAAGAAUCGUACCGAUCGUCGAACCCGAAAUCCUUCCUGAUGGUGAUCACGAUCUUGCUCGUUGCCAACAGGUCACGGAGGAGGUUCUCGCUGCCGUUUACAAGGCAUUGGCUGACCAUCACGUCUAUCUCGAGGGAACUCUUUUGAAACCGAACAUGGUGACACCAGGUCAAAGUUGUCCGACGAAGGCAACACCCCAACAAAUUGCAGGAGCGACUGUAACCGCAUUAUUGCGUACAGUUCCACCCGCAGUACCUGGCAUCACCUUCUUGAGUGGUGGACAAUCUGAAGAAGAAGCCUCCGUGAACUUGGACGCCAUCAAUAAGUUCCCAGCUAAAAAACCUUGGGCAUUGACCUUUAGCUACGGUCGUGCUCUUCAAGCUUCCGUUCUCCGUGCCUGGGCUGGCAAAAAUGAUCAAGUGUCCGCGGGACAGAAUGAACUUAUCAAGAGGGCUAAGGCAAACGGUGCUGCUUGCCAAGGCAAAUACGUUGCUGGCAGUAUUUCUAGCAAAGCUGGUGACACUUCUCUGUACAUCAAAUCGCAUGCAUAUUAAAAUUGUCUUUCCUUAUUCUAUAUGAGGCCGUUUAUAUACUACUAUAACAGCCAACAGCGAAUCGGCACUUGGCAAAUACGCGGGAGGUGUCACAGGAGCUGCCGGCGAUGCUGCGCUCUUCGUAGCAAAUCACGCGUACUAAAAGAAAUAUUCAGUUAAUAAUAGCUUAGAUAUUCAGUUCAUCUGUCGAAUACGAUCAUCGUCGAUCAUUGAGAAACAGUAUAAAAGAAAAGAUCCAUUUAACAUUCUGGACAGAAGGGAUAAAAUAAUAAUAAUAAUAGUAAUAAUAAUAAUAAUAAUAAUAAAGCAGAGAUCAAUAAAGAGAGAGAAAAUCCAAAGGAGAUCAUCGUCGAUGAUUGUUGCGAUCUUUUGCGAUAUUUUUCACGACGUUUACCUUCGAUUUUACAAAUCCACCGAUAAUUUCCUUCGCGAUUAAUGAAACUUGAUUAUUUUAAUCAUCAUCUUUUUACUCCGUAAGUUUCAUAGAAAUAACCGUAACGCGUAAUUUCAUCGCAGAGAUUUUUCAAAUGUGAUUGUGCACAAUAACGUUAAAGCGAAAGAAACGUUGAAAAUAUUAUCGAUCGUUCGUCAAUAAAAAAAUAAAAAAAACGAUGAAUUUCUCUAUCCACGAUUUUCGUUCUGAACUUCGAAGGCGAGUAUAAUCGAGAAGAAGCAUAAAAACACUUUGAAAAUUAUUAAGAAAACCAAAGAAAAAGAACAGAAAAAUAUGUAACAAACAUACGUGCAAAUUUAAGAUGAAAAUCAAAUUAAACAAAUUCGACGAUGACGCGAAUUAUACAUCUUACGCAUAAACGCAUACAAGUACGAAUACACAUUAUAUAUUGUAUUCUAUAAUAUUAUGAUAUAUAUACAUAUAUAUAAAAACAAAAAAAAAAUAAGAAGAAAUAUAUAUAUAUCUAUAUAUCUAUAUACAUAAAUAUAUUAUAUUACCGUCAGUGUCGUUAAAAUAUUCUACGUGUGUAAAAAGAAUUAUGAAGUAAAAAAAUCAUAUUAAAUGUUGUUUGUUAGAAAAUGAGUCCGUAUUACAAAAGCGUAUUAUUACGUCAUUUACUUAUAUAAUUAUAUAUAAUCUUCUAUAGAUAUUUAAAAAAACGUAUUGAAAAACAUACUCGUAUGUCGAUGUUAUAUUAUUAUCUAAUGUUUUCAUUGUAAUCUAGGUCACCAAAUACACUGUGGAGGGUA